ACGGUGAUUUUUAUUUUUUUAAUUCAUGUGGAGGUUACAAGUCACGCCAUUGGUGUGCAAACGGUUAUAUGGCGUUGGUGGACGAUGCGUGUGGAAUGUGAUAAGGUAGCGAAAACUCCAUUAACCUACCUACCUGCUCAAAUCACACUCACAAUCGCUCUACUUUCUCCAGCAUCAAAAGCUACCAAAUCCCUUCACAUUUCGAUACCAAAAAUAUGUGGCUGUUUGGAAGACCAGGACCUUCUGGAUUCUCACAAUAUUCAACCGCCGAGCAGGUUACCCAUGGAAUUGACGCAUCUGGACUCACCGCCAUUGUUACAGGAGGAUCAAGUGGCGUUGGUCGUGAGACAGCACGAGUCUUAGCCCUGCGUGGGGCUCAUGUGGUGAUGGGUGUAAGGAAUAUGGCUGCUGGCAAACAGGUUCAAGAAGCAAUAGUCAAAGAAAUUCCAACAGCCAAAGUCGAUGCAUUCGAGCUAGAUCUUAAUUCCAUGGCAUCAGUUAGGAAAUUCGCCUCCGAUUUUAACUCAAGUGGACACUCGUUAAACUUGUUAAUAAAUAAUGCAGGUAUAAUGAUGACUCCAUUUAUGCUAUCUAAAGAUAACAUAGAACUACAGUUUGCCACCAAUCAUCUCGGCCACUUUCUUCUGACCCAUCUGUUGCUCGACAAUAUGAAGAAAACAGCCCGUAAAAGUAAGAAAGAGGGAAGGAUUGUGAAUGUAUCAUCAGAAGCUCAUAGGAUUACUUAUCCUGAAGGAAUUCGUUUCGACAAAAUUAACGAUGAAAAGCAGUAUAGUAAAUAUCAAGCGUAUGGUCAAUCAAAGCUAGCCAACAUUCUGCAUGCUAAUGAGCUUACAAGACAGCUAAAGGAAGAGGGGAUAGAAAUAACUGCAAAUUCUCUUCAUCCCGGAGUAGUCUCAACAAACUUGUUCCGCCACAUAUUUACUCCGCCGAGCUUUGCUGAAGGUUUUGUUAGCAAGCUCAGCAACCUUCUGUUGAAAAAUGUUCAGCAGUUCAAUUUGGUGUGUGGCAUUAGGGGGCCGCGACAACAUGCUAUGUAGCAUUGCACCAACAAGUGAAAGGAGUAAGUGGGGAAUAUUUUUCAGAUAGCAACUUGGCAAAAACAACCGAUGUGGCUAAAGAUAUGGAUUUGGCCAAGAGAUUAUGGGAAUAUAGCAUCAAUCUAAUAAAGUAAACAUCAAAACUUUGCCCCAAUAGAUUUUAAGAUAAAUGCAUAAAUGACCAUUUGGCUUGGCUUCCAUCAUUCCAUGCAAGGUUUUCUAUUACUAAGAAAUGACCAUAUUAAUUUCAUGCCAAAAUGGCACCUUUCAGAA